AGAGAGGGAAAGAGAGGGAGGGAAGCAGGGAGGAAGGAACAGAAAGUUCAUGUACAUAAACCUUUUUUUUUUUUUUAAGUAUUGUUGCACCUAGUAGCUAGCUUUACUGACACAGAAAUGUGAGAUCUGAUCAGUGCUUAAAUAUCGGAGAAACAAUGGGAUAGUGCAGGAAAGUUAACAAUUAACAGUCUCAGCUUAAAUUUUGUAACUGCAGGGAACUGGAAAAACAGCUGCCUCUCUCUUCAGCAAAAUCAGGUCUCCUGGUUAAGAGAAGAAUUUUUGUUAACAUCUAAAUUUCUGAAAAAUAAGCAGCUUGCACUUGAAUGACUAUCGUGCAGUUAUGUUUUUAAGCAGCCUGCUCAUACUUAACUAUCUCUGCUUAUUUUAAAUAGAGCAGCUAUGAAAGGGGUAAUGAGGCUUUUGAAAUGCCUUUUGCUUUACUCUUUUAAAUGAGGGUACAGAGCAAUAAAGAGAGCUGAAGGUAUCCGGCUGAAGCGAAACAGCAAGGAAGAUGGGUUUGCUAAGUGUGGAUUUGUUGAUCACGCUUCAGAUCUUGCCGGUCUUUUUCUCCAAUUGCCUCUUUCUCGCGCUCUAUGACUCUGUGAUUCUGCUGAAGCACAUGGUUCUGUUUCUGAGCCGCUCCAAGUCUGGGCGCGGUGAGUGGCGGAGGAUGCUGACCUCGGAGGGGCUGCGCUGCGUCUGGAACAGCUUCCUCCUGGACGCCUACAAGCAGGUCAAACUGGGAGGAGAAGCCCCAAACUCCAGUGUAAUCCACAUAGCCAAGGGGAGUGAUGGCAGUAGUGGCAGCUGGAAGAAUGUUGGUGGAAAGUGUGGAACCAAAUGCCACCUUCUGGAUUUUGCCAACUCAGAGCGGCCACUGGUGGUCAACUUUGGCUCAGCUACCUGACCACCGUUCACAAGCCAGCUGUCAGCCUUCAGCAAGCUGGUGGAGGAGUUCUCUGGUGUGGCUGACUUUCUGUUGGUCUACAUCGAUGAAGCUCACCCAUCAGAUGGCUGGGCUGCGCCUGGAAUCUCUCCCUCUUCAUUCGAAGUUAAGAAACACAAAAGCCAGGAAGAAAGAUGUGCAGCUGCUCACCAGCUCCUAGAGCACUUUUCCUUGCCGCCUCAGUGCCAAGUGGUGGCUGACUGCAUGGACAACAAUGCAAAUGUGGCCUACGGGGUUUCAUUUGAGCGAGUAUGCAUUGUGCAGAGACAAAAAAUUGCCUACCUGGGGGGAAAAGGCCCCUUUUUCUACAACCUUCAAGAGGUCCGGCUUUGGCUGGAACAAAACUUCAGCAAAAGAUGAAAUCCUUUCUCCACAGGAGUUACGUCAAUCGAUGUGUCCCUUUAAGGUGAUGCAAAAGGGAAAAAAAAAGGAAAGCAUAUGCUAGUUUUAAAAGAAUCUUUCAGAUGAUUGCAGGAGAACACAUUUGGUAACAGUGUCAAGUGAGUGUUAACUAGUAAAAGAAAAUAAAACAAAAAUCUAGCUCCACAGAAACAUUGUCAAGUGAAAAAAAAAAAUUGCACUCCUGCUCUUGCUAUGGGACAGAAGAGAUAAACAGACUUCUCCAAAAAGGUGCUGCUGGCAAGCAGGUAGGGUGGUUAGAUAAGACCUGAAGACCCAGACUGGGGUUUCCCAGAAGCCCCAGUCCUGGGGUGAGGCACAGAAAGCGUUUCUGCUUGGAAGGCAUUCCAUGGAAAGGCAAUGCUGUACAUUUAAUCAGAAAUGCUUCUUUACCCCCUGUGGCCAAUUCAAGAAACUUGAGAGGAGCAGGGGUUUUGCAAUUGCUUUGCAUACAAAUGCAGUGCAGUGUGGUGAUUUUCCUCUCUUGGUAGAAAAUUUAUUGUUCAGAGACUUCAGGAACCACAUGCAGAAUGGCACAGGCAGACUGGGUGCUCAGAGCAAGAUGAAUCUUUGUCUGCAGGUGUUUGUAUUCUCUGUAGACACAUCUGCACAGCAUAUUAACUGUGUAAUGCUACCUUACAUGUUUGUAUCCAGUGUGCAGGCCUGUGCCUGCUGAGAAAGGUGUUAAAAUCUAUUGAGUUGGACCAAAAAGAUAAAGGUGAUCAAAUAAGCCCAUUACCAUUUGAAAACUGAAAUAUCUGGAGUAAUUAUAACACAACAUUGAGAACCAUCUAGAGCAUGCACCGUGAGACAAAACUCAGCUGAUGCUAACCAAACCUUGGUUCUGAGAGCUGACAACACACGUUUAUCAAUGUUCUCUGGUUCUCAUCUCUGUUUCUUUACCCACCUCCAUCUCUUUCUGUCUAUCAAUAGGAUUAAAGGUAAUUUCACUUUUAGCUUUAAGAAAAUAACUUAUUUCUCUCUCUCUUUUUUUUUUUUUUUUUUUUUUUUUUAAGUGUGACCUUGAAGGUAUAUUUUGGGGACAGGAGAACUUAUGCACAAUUUUACCUCAUUGAAAUGGAAACCUAUUCUGUCAUUUACCCUGUUAAAUGUAGUCAUGCUGACUUUUACUGUCUUAGAUAUCUGAACCUUGUUUAUAUCUAUGUUAAUUGGAAAGUUAAGUUGUUUUCAGUCUUAGAAUUGAUUAGCUACAGUUCUGCUACUGGAUGAGCUGAUAGUCUGUUUUGCUCAUAUUCUUGAAAACCUUCCCAGAAGAGAAACAGGGAGGACAAAUAGUUUGAAUUAAUGUGAGUAAGUAUAAAAGAUGGCAAAAUUUUUAUAUGAAUGAUGAUGAGGAAUGGAUUGUUAUGUUGAAAGAGAUACUGUGAACUUAGAGUACACAUUAAGUUUCUAAAAUUAGAAUUAUUUAAUCAAGCCUGAGGAAGAGGCAGAUUUACAAUGAGCUAACCUAUUAGAGCUGAUAAAUGAAAACCCAUAUGGAGAUGGACUAUCCAAGUUUUCUCUCAUCUUUGGCAGAAAUAUGAAACAGAUAACCAGAAUAAGUGGCAAAAAUCAAAUUAGUUCAUAAUUUCUCAUCCUGCCCAUCAUCAGGAAUAUGAUGUGUUGAGGCUGACAUAGAAAAUAUUAGAAAAUACACAAGUCUUUUAAUUUUCAUAAUGCCCACUAAUAUUGUGUAUUUCCUUAAGCUUGGCUCUUGGUCAACUUAGCCAAUGUAGGAGGAAUUUGGAAAUGUGUUUUCAAGCACAGAUCUGAAAUAAUGACACUAACAUGGGUAAUUUCUCCCGUACCAGGUUCAUGCUUCCCAUUCUUCUCACAUUUUCCUCCACACACUGUUAAACAUAGACACACAUGCACUUACACAGUUGGUAAUGUGCAUUGGAGAAGGGUGUAAAGAGUAGUUGUCAGAUGUCCCAGUGAGCCCCACUUCUCAGAAGACCUGUGUCUCUCUGUGUGUGCAUUUAUAUAUGCAUUCAUACGUAUAUAAUACAUUUUUAUGUAUGUGUAUAUAUAUGUGUGCACAUAUAAAUGGUGUCUAAGACCACUAAAAAUCAUUAUCCUGUCCUACCAUUCAUUAAUGUUACUGUAAAUUGUUGCUCAAUGCAGAAGACUUACAGAUCUUCAUGACUAACUGGGAUAUAUAACUGAAUUUUUAAAACCUGUAAUCAUAGAAACAGUAACAAAGCCAAACUACAUGGUUAUUUAAUCCAGUGUCCUACCUCUGACUGUAUCAGAUGCUUCAGGGGAAGGUGCAAUAAUUUUAAUUUAGAGAAUUUUUACUAGCUUCAGCCCAUAUUGUUUUUGCCUCAUCUGAAGUGAUUGUUGAUGUCUCAUUAUCCCGCAUGAGAGGCUGAUUCUGGGUAUUGAGAUUAAAAUAUUUUGUGAGGUGGGGAUUACUAAAAUAAAAAAAGUCCCUCUUAAUUUUAAAGAAAACCAAAUGAAAACAGAUUUUUUUCUUUCAUAUUUAAAUAGACUGCUUUUCAACAUCAUUCUCAUCUCUUGCUGUUAUAUGCUAAACCACUAAACAUAAGCGAUCCCAAUUUUUCUUCUGUAUGUCAGUCACUAUAUAAUCUAUAUAGAAAUUUGCAUACCAUUUGUUUGUUUAAGACAAACAAUAACUCCUAUUCUUAUACAGAUUCAUACUCUUUCCUUGUCUCUGAAUCACUUCUGUUUUUGCUACGCCGUCUUUUUACUCAGAUGAGUAAAGAUGUAGACAUUAAUCCAAGUGAAAAUCUGUAUUAAUAUACCCAGCACAGAAUCUUUUCUUUAUUAUAUCCUGUUCUUCAGUCAUCUGAAACUUUUUUAAUCCAUAGCAACUCCACAGCCUUUGUAAAACUUAAACUAGUAAGUCUUUUCUUCUUUUCAUCAUUAUACUGUAGAAUUCUAAACUGUUUAUAUGGGAAAUGCUAGCCAAAUGUUUAACACAGCUGUUGAAACAUACCUUUAGUUCAGAGGAAAUAGUCAGAAUUAGUAAUUCAGUUUGUUAAUACCCAUUUGCAUAUCUAAAGUUACAAUUAUUUUUCAAGUCCAUUCUCUGCUUUUGAAUUUCCAUUAUUUUGUUUUGUCCUUCAUAGAUGCCUCUUCAUCACGUAGUAUACAGGAAUUAUAAAAUUGGCUCCUGUAAAUGGGAAAAACAAAUUGAUUUUCCACAAAUAAAAAUGCGCAAUAACUUCAUUUCUUUCUUGGCAACAUGUAUAACUGUCCUGCCUAAAAUUUAAAGAUAUUCCAGCCUCACUGAUUAUCAAGACAGAAAUACAUUUUGCAAAAUCUUGGGUUUCCCCAGAAAACUCCCCAGCAGGGCUUUCUUCAAAGUAAAAUGGGCAUAAAGGAAAAAAAAAAAAACCUGGAAAAGUAUUUUCUAGGAGGCUGACAGAAACAUAAUGUUUUAUUUUGUUUGUUUGGGUUUUUUUUGUGGUUUUUUUUUUGUUUUUUUUUUUUUUUUUUUUUUUUUUUUACAAAAUCGAAACAUUUCAUUGAAAAGGUUUUAAAAAAAUAUCCUCAAUUGAUAAUAAAAGUGGCCAUAUGCCAGCUACCCAAAAUUAUUAUAACAGUUGUUUUGGGCCCUGGUAGAGAUUUUAUUGCUUUGCUAGACUUGUCUAGUCUGCAGUGAGACUGGAUUUGCUUCUAUCUCAUUCUCACUGUGCCAGGGCACUAUACCAUAUUACUUGAGGUGCUCCAGUGUGACAUACAUGUUGAGCAACAGCUCCCAAAAUAGGUGCCUGAAAGCAUUCUGGAAGGCUACUGUAUAUAAUAGAGACCCCAAUACUGUGUCUCAACAUUAGUAUGGGAAACGUUCAGUAUUUUUCAUUUUGAGCAACAUAAAAAGCUAUUCUGGGCUAUCAUUCUACAUUGUUCUGUGCUUAGCAUCUGUAUUUAGCACUGUAGAAAAGUAAUGUAAAGCAUUUUGUGCAAAUGAGAAACUAGCAUUUUGCUCUUUCCUUGUGUAGACAAUGACAUAAAUUUAAGGCAGCAGGAAAACAUGCCCCAUCUAUUAAAAAUAAUAAAAUAUAUUUAUGAAAUAUGUUGUUGAACAACUGUCUGAACACUUUGAAAAACAAAAUGCAGUGAUUUUUAGGAAGGUGAUCUUGGUGGGGAAACCUACAACACUUCUUAAAAAGGUAUUUGUGCUAUGCAUCCAGGUGUGUGCGGAGGGAAGUUAUGUUUCUGCAUGUGUGAAAGUGGCUUUUCUGUGAUGUGGAGUAUAGAUUUAAGAGUUUUUAAAACUUUAAUUCAGUACUAUAACCAAAGCAAUAAAAGGAGUCAGGUAGGGAAUAUUGGCCAGUUUUGUACAACUCGACACCAUGUCUGUGACAAAUCCAUAAUCAGUUGUGCCCAAAUUGGAGUCUUCAGUGAAGAGGAAUUGGGGUGAGACAGAGGAAGCUUGUGUGCUCAUGAAGAUUGCUAACAAAAGAGUGAUUAACUCAGUUAGCUUUCAGAUGCCUUCACGCUGGCAUUCCUCUGUACACCUUAGUGUGGCUGUAUUAGAAAGAGGGGUCCCUUUGGGUCUGUCAAUAAGAUCGCCGUGGUGUAGGUGCCUGUGUGUACUAUGUGUGUGUCAUUGUUUAAAUGUCAAAAAUACACUGCAGGAGAGCCAGCAAAAUUUUGUUACAAUAUGGUGCUCCAUGAAAUGUGCUUUCUAGAUUUGUUUUUCUUGUACUAUAAUAAAUGAUAA